CUCGGAGCUCCAGUUCAGUGUCAGUGUGACAUGAUAAAUAUGACAGCUCUACUUCUGCUGUGGGCCGCUGUGCUGCUGGGGACCAUAGGAGGGGGUUUCACUGAAGAAGAGGGACUUCUGCCUCCUGCCCAUUUGAGGUUUGACUCUGUGGACUACAAAACCACAGUAGCGUGGACCCCGUCCUCCAACAGCUCCUCACUCAAAUACAACGUCCAAUGGAAGAUCUAUGGCGAACCUCAGUGGGUGAACGUGGACGACUGCCAGGGCAUCGAGAAGCCCAAGUGUGACCUCAGUGAAGUGACCUCUGACAUCACCGAGUGGUACUACGCCCGAGUGCAAGCGACCUCACCAGCUGCUGAAUCAACCUGGGCUGUGUCUCGCAGAUUCAGCCCGCGUUGGGACUCCCAAAUUAGCCCACCUUUACUGAGGUUGAAUACCACACAGAAAGGCAUUGUGGUCCGUGUGAAACCCCCACGUGCACAGGUCCGAAAGAAACACAGCGAUCUGUACUACAAGAUCUAUCUCUUGAAAGAGAAUGGACAAGAGAAGGAAUUGGAGAUGAACUGCUGCUUUCACAAACUCAGUCUAAAGGACGUCAAACGCAAGACGAAGUACUGUUUUCAGGCCCAGACCAUACUCCCCCUGCAGGCCCGAAGCAGCAUCCGCAGCCAGGUCAAAUGCAUCACCUUAAAAUAAAUGAGGGACCUCGAGCUCUGAAUGACUUCAUGGGACUAAUGCAACACCUCUACAUCUUGAAAAAACAACCAAUGCUACCUUUACAGACUGCCAUUGAAUGUUACACAGAUCAGGCAAAUCUCACGAUCACCUGGCAAUACUGUUAUGUACAGUACACAUAUGAUGCAGCUAAAAUUAUUAAAGGGUUCAAUUUAUACUGUACUUUUCUACCUCAAUUAGGCACCAUUCCUAUACUAUUAUAUACAUGCGCUCACACAAGGCCAUAAGUAGGAGUCUUGCCCAGAGACACAACAGCAGCAUUGCAGGAAGCAAGAAGUGGGAAUUGAACCAUUAUUCUAAAGUGAACUACUACUGUGUUACAUGUCACUGCCUGAUGGGUGUUUAUCUUAUAUUGUGCAAUUGAAAAACUUUUUACACUACUUGAAAAAAUUGAACUAAUAAAUCUUAUAGUAAAUAAAUGAUAGUUAACCAA